GAUCUUCACGAGAAAAGCGGAGAUGGACAAAACCCUUCAGUUCAGAAAGUUUGGUAGGAUAAAACCCUAACCCUAGACCUAAACCUAAACCUUUCUUUUAUCGAUCGGUAAUUUCAUUGGUAUUUUCUUCAACCAUGGCCGUCGCUGGAUCAGUAUUUUGCUCCAAUGUAAGUGUUAUGGAUAGCUGGAAGAUGGGUAGCUUGCCUUACUUUUCAAUUAAUAGUUUCAGGAGGAUUUACAAGCUUUCCUUGCCUUACUUGAAGAGACGUGAUACGGUCUUAGCUGAUAUUUCUGGAGUUUGUAAUCUCAAGUUGUGCCCUGGUAGACCCUCUCCGUUUGGAGGAGCAUCUCGUUUACAUUCACUCAGAGCAUGCCAAGUAAAAAAUGAUGAAUCGGAGGGAACCUUAAGUGGGGAAAGCAGUAUACUGGAUGAGCAAAUCUUAGUGCAGGAUUUACAGAUUGCCAUCAAGGAGGAGAACUAUGCCCAAGCUGCAAAAAUCAGGGAUAGCCUACGUGUGCUCCAGGAGGAUAGCAAGGCUGCAGUACUGGCAAUAAAUGCUCGAUUCUAUAAUUCUUUUAGGGGUGGCGAUUUGGCCGUGAUGCAAGCUCUAUGGGCAAAGGGGGACAACUGUUGCUGUGUGCAUCCUGGUGCUAGUGGGGUAAUUGGUUAUGACAAUGUUAUGGAAAGCUGGGAGAUUGUAUGGAUGAACUAUGAUUUCCCACUGGAGAUUGAAUUGAAAGAUAUUCGAGUUCAUUUUAGGGGGGAUGCAGGGUAUGUUACAUGUGUGGAAUUCAUUAGGACAAAAGGCAGCAGUUGGGGGGCACAGUUUGUGACAAAUGUGUUUGAGAAGGUAAAUGGGCAAUGGUUUAUCUGUGUUCACCACGCUUCUCCUGUUGACUUGUGACAUAUUCUUCCAGAUAUGAGCGUUGCCUUCUGUUGUACUCUUCUUAGUUGUUAGAUACUCGCUUCUAUAUGAAUAUGAGGGGAGAAUGAUUCCGAGACUUUUGAAUAAGCAUAUAAGCAUGAGAGUAAUAAAUAAUUGUUUCUACC